GAGAAAAAAGAUUUGUUUUUGGGUGAAGAAGUGUUGAAGAUGGUGGCUUGUUUUCAUGUAUUUGAUUCAAUGGGGAUUUGCUUUAAUGCCAGAGUUAAAGCUGAGAGCCCCAAUAACACAGGGUUGAGUACAAAGUAUGAUAGUGGUGAGAGGAAAGAUAUGAGAAGUGAAAGCAGCGACAGCAAAGGUUCAUCAUUUUCUACACCUUUGACACCAAGGAGUGAGGGUGAGAUUCUUCAGUCCCCCAAUUUGAGAAGUUUCAGUUUUGCUGAUCUCAAGAUGGCCACGAGGGAUUUUCGCCCCGAUUGCUUGCUCGGAGAAGGCGGUUUCGGCUCGGUGUUCAAGGGUUGGAUUGAUGAAAAUUCGUUGGCCGCAACCAAGCCUGGAACCGGCAUUGUUAUUGCAGUCAAAAGGCUCAACCAGGAUGGAUUCCAAGGUCACAGAGAGUGGCUGGCUGAAGUGAAUUAUCUGGGACAGUUUUAUCAUGCUCAUCUUGUGAAAUUGAUUGGAUAUUGCUUGGAGGACGAACACCGACUUUUGGUGUACGAAUUCAUGCCUCGAGGCAGCUUGGAGAAUCAUCUAUUCAGGAGAGGAUCUUAUUUCCAGCCUCUUUCAUGGAGUCUCCGCUUGAAGGUUGCUCUCGGUGCUGCAAAAGGGCUAGCCUUCCUUCACGGCGCCGAAACAAAAGUAAUAUAUCGAGACUUCAAGACUUCGAACAUCUUGCUCGAUUCGAACUACAAUGCGAAGCUUUCAGAUUUCGGAUUGGCCAAAGAUGGGCCAACAGGAGAUAAGAGCCAUGUUUCUACAAGGGUCAUGGGCACCUAUGGAUAUGCUGCUCCAGAAUAUCUUGCCACAGGUCACCUGUCUGCUAGGAGUGAUGUCUAUAGUUUCGGAGUUGUGCUGCUGGAGAUGUUAUCCGGUCGAAGUGCAAUCGACAAGAAUCGACCGUCUGGAGAACAAAAACUGGUGGAAUGGGCCAAACCUUACCUCGCCAACAAACGCAAAGUAUUCCGAGUACUAGAUAAUCGCCUCGAAGGCCAGUAUUCAAUGGAAGGAGCCUUUAAGGCUGCUACACUUGCUUUGCGAUGCCUUUCGAUCGAUUCCAGGUUCAGACCGAGCAUGAGCGAGGUUGUAACAACAUUGCAGCAGCUCCUGGAUUCUAAUGAUUCCGGCAGUAAUCAGAACAAUACUAACAUCAUACAUUGGAGACGUAGGCAAAGCACGGAUGAUGCCAAUGGGGGAAGGAGUACAACUGCAUACCCUCGCCCGUCUGCUUCGCCGCUUCAUGCCUGAUGCCGGAAUCGAGGCUGGGAAGCGUUACAUCUCUCUAUACGUGCCUAGUGACUGUACAGUACUCAAUGAAUGUUGUCUACAAGGGGAAUGUCUAUGUAAUUAUGUUUUACUUUUUCAGAUCCAGCUUGGGAAACGGUGUAAUUGCUUUUCUAACCAGUCAGGUUUUGUUGAAAUUAUAAUCAUAUUAUUAUCAUUUCAUUUUUUU